CUUUUUUCUAUAAAUUCUACUUUUUGUCUUGGAAUUCUGAGGUUAUAUCUCGCAAUUCUGACUUUUUUUCUUGGAAUUUUGAGUUUUUCCAUAUGAAUUGAGUGGUUUAGUUCAAAUUUCGCUACAUUAUGAACAUAUUGAUGAACAAGCUCAACCAUACUUGCUUGACACGCGAGAACAAACCUCUUGCGAAAGCUCAAACGUGCUGCGUAACAAGAAUGAACCUCAUUGGUUCUCGCAUGUCAAGCGAACAUGGGAUUUGGAAUAUACGACACGUGUUGCAUGGGACCAUUCUAUGAUACUUUUCCAUCUUUUUUAAAAAGCUUGAUGCUGGUCGCUAUGCUUUGCCAUUAUAUGGAUGAGUGCGAGCGGGACAUUUUUGUUUUUAAAUUCUUUAGUCCUUUAGUAUUAGAACAACACCAGGGUGAGUAAUUUAUGUCUUAAUUUUCAUUUUAGGGUGAACUAUCCCUUUAACUCAAAAUUGAGAGAUGUAAACUUGGAAAUAAAGUCAGAAUAGUUUGAUAAAAAGUCCUAGUUUGUUACCUUUUUAGUUUUUUUAUUCCAAUGGCAGAAAAAAUAUUGACAAAAAAACUAUUCUUUUGAAGAACGCCUGCCUAAAAAUCCUUGUCAUAGAACCGGUUUUCAUUUAAUAGUCUUAAGUGAUGCUGUGUCCUGAUGGUGUUUAAUGAAUGCGUUCAGAGGUGUGUGUUGGUGAUGUGGGUCUGGAUUUGCUGCGUCACUGUGCCGUCCUCACGACCGAGCUGGGGUUGUUUUUAGCUGAAUCAUGCCCCUCUUCCCAACGUGUCCUCUACGCACUGGCAAGCGGUAGAGUGGUGAGUAAUCGAACAACGCCGCUUUUACAACCCCAUGGGUUCUCAAUCUGUCUCUUUGUCUCUCAUACACACACUCUGUUCUUUCUUGCUCUCCUCUUUCGUCUUUCCCCCCUCUCGUCCUUCUGCCAAGCACUCAGCCCAUUCAUAGCUGAUAAGACAGGUUCAGAUAUACGUCAGAGGAGACAUUAGCAGAGAGCAGGACAGGGGGACAGACGCAUGACUCUGAGCAGAUGAAACGGUUGAUAGGAAGUAAUAAGGGUCAGACUAGUGACUGUUAAAGGGCCUGAUGCACCGAUGAGGAGGGGGUGAAGAGGACUGCCCACAGGAGCGAGUGGAAAAAAGCCUCAACAUGUGUUUCUGUCACGUUCUGGACCUGUUAGUCCAGGCCUGGUGACGGAGAGGUUUUUAAAUCGACGUCGAGCCGGGCAGGACUGUUUGUCUUGUGAGUCACGACUCCUGUGGCGGAGACAAGAUGCGCUUUGGAGAUUGUAGCGCUCGUGUACAUGGAGGUUCCAGCGACCUGCGAGUGAAAAAAGCGGCAGCUUGGGAAUUAUUCUAAGAGUCCUCAAAGGACAACUUGAUACUUCAUCUCAUCAGGCAUAUGACGAGUCCUGAAGUUUUUAAAGUGGAUUUGAUGCUCAGAGAACCAACUAAGGAGAAGGAGAUAUACUCAGUUGGGACUUUUGAAUGUGAAGGUUCCUGUUGGAUUUUGUUGGAAACCCAUGUGACAUUGAUAGAUGAACAAAUGAAAUCUUCAAGAAGAACUGAAAUAUACUGUGUGCAUCAGCCAACUUUUUGGGCCUUUGCUAUCGUGGGACAAUCUGAAGAUACUAAAUUGCUUUUAAUCUUAAGAACAUCCUGUCUUUCUGAGUCAGCAUAUUAUUUUUCUUCUUCCUAAUUUGUCUUGAGCUUCUUAUUUUGUUUUGAGACGUUUAUGAAAGGAACAUUCAGCUAUCUAGGAGUGUGUUAAAAGCUUCCAGGAACCCUCGUCGAACCUUCCAGUCACGUUGGGUUAUGGGGUAACAGAGAUGGUGGUCACUCAGUUAGAGCUGGAGCUCUGUUAUCAGGGGAAGAAGCUCAGAGGUUUCACCUGCAAGCUCACCCGUUCGGCUCAUGGCUUCCUGCCGGAGAGCUCGUACAUCAUCGCUGCGCAGGUCUUGCUGCCGUAUCUGCUGGGCGGCCUGGGGAUGGUGGCGGCCGGUAUCGUCAUGGACAUUGUCCAACAUUGGGAUGUGUUUAAGGUGAUCACAGAGGUGUUUAUCCUGGUACCCGCUCUGGUCGGGCUCAAAGGAAACCUGGAGAUGACUCUAGCAUCUCGUCUCUCUACUGCUGCUAACACCGGACAGAUGGACGACCCCAAACAGCAGUGGCUGAUGGUGACCUGUAACCUUGCUCUUAUUCAAGCUCAGGCCACUGUGGUGGGUAUCCUGGCAGCUCUUGCGGCUGUAGGGCUUGGUGCUCUGUCCAGAGGGGGUAUAGAGCUGGACCAGGCGGCUGUCCUGUGUGCUAGCAGUGUUACCACUGCAUUUGUGGCUGCUCUGUCCUUAGGUCUGGUGAUGAUUGGUGUGAUCAUUGGCUCCAGGAAGGUGGGCAUCAACCCUGAUAAUGUGGCCACCCCGAUAGCAGCCAGUCUAGGAGAUCUCAUCACACUUUCUCUAUUGGCUGGAGUCAGCAGCACAUUGUUCCAGUACAGAGAUGUGUGGUAUUUGUCUCCGUUGGUGUGUGUCUUCUUCCUGCUGCUCAUUCCUGUCUGGGUGCUCAUCGCUAGACGGAGUCCACAGAUUAAAGAGGUUCUGAAGUCCGGCUGGCAGCCUGUUAUAGUGGCCAUGUCCAUCAGCAGUUUCGGAGGCCUUAUUCUUGAUAAGACUGUGAGCGAUCCCAACUUUGAGGGCAUGGCGGUCUUCACACCAGUCAUAAACGGUGUGGGGGGGAAUCUGGUGGCCAUCCAGGCCAGUCGGAUCUCCACCUACCUUCAUUUCUUGAGUGUACCUGGAGUCCUGCCCUAUAAGAUGAGACAGCACUGGCCCAACCCCUGUGUCACAUUCUUCUCCUCAGGCGUGAACUCAAAGUCAGCGCGGGUGCUAUUCCUCCUGGUUGUCCCAGGUCACCUCUUGUUUCUUUUCGCCAUUAAUAUGCUUCAAGGAGGUCACACUGCCAUCACACCAACAUUUACCUGCUGCUACCUGGGUGCUGCUCUGCUUCAGGUCGGGAUCCUCAUUUAUACGGCGGACUUGAUUGUGCGUUUGGUGUGGAGGAAAGGUCUGGACCCUGAUAACUUCUCCAUCCCAUACCUGACUGCAUUGGGAGACCUGUUGGGCACGGGUUUCCUCGCCCUGUGUUUCCAUCUGGUCAUGUUAGUGGAGGGGCUCGGCUUGUAAAAUGUUAGACCUCCAGCUCUCCGUUCACGGGACCGUUGCCACCCAGGCUGGCUGCAGUGGCUUUGGAGAUUCAUACUUUUCUGUGGGAAGCUCAUGAGUAUGAAGUAUGAACCACAUUGUUUCUGUGCUUACAGGAUAGGUUGACUAGAAAUAUGAAAUACACUUUUGAUCAUUGGCAGGUAUGGACUACUACCUGGCGGUCUGUAACAUGAUUAUAUUCUAGGUGUGUUGUCCUUUUGCUUCAAUGAUGCUGCUCUCAUACACACUAGUCACCUGAUUACUGUACAUUAAGGUCUAACUUUAGGUGCGAGUGUCACAAAAUUUUAUGUGCCAUGUAUAAAUUAAAUUUGAAGUUUACAAGAUAUAAAACCCUGAAGGAUUCUAGGACAUCUCUGGCGAAUAUUGUUUUUAAGUAUCUGAUUCAGGAUUGAUUUUAAAGUAUCAAAACUUUUGAAGGUCAUUCCUUUGCUGUUUUAGUAACUAUAUACAAGAUCAUAAGUGCUGCUACAUAUUUUUACUAGAUACAAUAUCUCAUAUACAGAGGGCCCAAUGUACCUCUCAGUUUGUAAUUUUUUUGCACCUAAAAUAUUUUCUCGAAAUACCACACUUUAGAAAAAAGGUGAAAUAACUAUCGUAGUAAUGAAUGUAAUUGGUAGUUCACAUGAAUAAAUUGAUGACAAUGACAACGA